UACGCCCAGUAACGCCCAUCGCUGGUUCUCCCGCCGCUUCCUCGCCGCAGACGUUCCGCGGCAACCAACUGGACAAGCAGGCCCGGUCCGGUUUCACGACGUCGCACAACGACUCCGUCGAAACCCGCGUCUAUACUCCCAGCAUCGCGGAGGGCUCCACGUUUUCACUCACACGAAGAGCGCCACUGACGUUCCUCCUCUUCGUCGCGUCCGGGAUCGCGGUGAUCUUUUACGCGACUUUCGAGAACCGUUGAAUCGUCGAUCGAGGACUCUAAAGUAUGUGAGAGUGCAUCGUAUCGAGAUAAUAUAGCGAGGACUUUGAAAGGAUACGCUCCUUGCGCGGGCUCGCUCGAUUGUCGAUUAAAUACAGGGAUACCAACUGAAGAUUAUCCGUGCCACAGAUGACUAUCGAAUUCGGAUUCGAGGUACUUUGUGGUGUGAUAUUGUCAGAGAGUCGACGGGAAAAAAUAAACCGAGGAUGAAAGCGGGAUGAAAUAUGGAUAACUACUCGUAAGUAGCCUGCCAGCUGUCCGUCGGAAUGAAGAGUGAGGUUAUGGUUUAGCCGGUGACAGACGCUGAUGUAACCGUCAGAAGUGUGAUACCGCGAAAGAGAAUUUGUUAAACGGAAGAAUAAUCUUAGGAUUGUUACGUCAUGCCAUCCUACUCAUUCAUCAUGUAUGUUAAAAAGAAGUCUUGAAGAUAGUGACUAAGACAGAAAUCUGAGGAUGACGUCGUUCGUCGAUGCUAGACAGAAACUGAAUACUUCCGUAAGGUAAAUUGUUUAAAAUGAUAUUAAACAUCGAGGAAAUAGUACAAUCAGUUUAAAGAAAUGUCUUCUUAGGAAGGAGAAGGCAUCAUGAAGACACGGCCUACGAAAGUUUCAUCGUGAUCGAACCGAGGGAACUGGGUCUGUCAAUGAGCGAGGUGGGUGUCUUCUCUCAGAAAAAAAUGUCGAGUACAUCCCCGGCGCCACCGAUGGAUCUGGACACCGGGUCGGAAUCGGAGACUAGGUCGAAUCACCUGAUCUCGCGGCUGGAUCAGGAUCCGGAGGAUGCGGAGAAACGUGAUCGGGCGCGAAGAACGGAGUGCAGCAACGCGGACAGCGACUGCGAGAGCGACACGAGCGAGGUAUUGAGCGUAGGCAGUGAACCAACGCCGACCAGCGUGGUCGGGAUGCGUGUAUGCGGGACUAUGAGGUACCACGAUCAGGAAUCCGCGAGUUCCGGUCGCGGCGAGUUCCGGGACGAGGAAAACAUGAGAACGUCGGAGACACCGUCGCCGGCCAGCUCCACCAGCUGCCACGACCUGUAUUAUCAGCGCGCAUCAAGUAAUCACGUGUCGGCACCGAGUCCGCCCGGUUACAGUCAGCCACCGUCAUCUCCUACGGCGUCUUCCGUCAGAUCCCCAGCUUCCUCUUCGGCCACCGCCUCGUCGCCCGGUCGGCCGGAGGCGAUUCAAGAGGCUAUCGUACCCAGGUACCAAUCUGGUCAUCAGCAACAUCUAUUUUCCCGAUACUCUUCCAGGGAAUCUGAGAUCUCCGAUUAUCCACCUCGGGUCCAGCACAAUAUUGGUCACGAGAUCAUUUAUCCUACCGUAGAGAGGUUGCACCGUACGCACGUAAGCGUAUCAUUGGUAACGAGACUCUCGUUGUCACCGCCGUCGGCCAUGACGGUCGCCGGACUCCAGGCGACAACACCUGGCGUUCUUCAUCCCGCCGCCUGUAGAGAUCCACGGGAGACUGCUACGUUGAUGCCGCAUCACAGCCAGCAUCUGCACCAUCCCAGUCCUCACACGCACCUACAGCAAGGCUCGCAGGUGCAGCAUGUGCCGGCGAAUCCAGUGCACCAGCAUCGACUCUCGGUUAACAAGCUCCUGCAGCGAGACCCAGGAAGCCCGGUAUCGCCAACCGGCACCAGGGAGGAGAACGGAAGAACUCCGGCUGCGAAUGGUAUCGUGCCGAAUAGUAUCGGCAACAACGGCAACCAUCAUCACAACAAUCACAACAAUAAUAACAAUCUGCAACAUCAGGCGGGCCUGAAGUUUAGCAUAGACAAUAUUUUGAAGGGGGACUUUGGCAGGAGAAUCACGGAUCCGAUCUCCCUGAAAAAGUCUCGACCUAAAAAAGUGUCGUCGAGGCCGAUCGAUUUGACGAAGGACUUCCUGGAAUCGUCCUCCGACGCGUCCGAGAGGAGCAGCUCGGAGCCGACGACGACGACGACGACGACCAACGCAUCCCCCACCGGAAUUUCGACCGAAAACACGACGUCCAAAGCGACCGGAUCUACCGGGACCGAUCCUGGGAAGAUGUUGUGGCCUGCGUGGGUCUAUUGCACCAGAUACUCGGAUCGGCCUUCCUCUGGACGAAGAUCAUCCCGUGUUGCAGGUCCGCGCACGAGAAGAGUGAAGAGGACAGACGGACGUGGCGGCGGUACUCCCGAAGAGAAACGUCCUAGGACGGCGUUUAGCGGAGAGCAGUUGGCGAGGCUGAAGAGGGAAUUCGCGGAGAACCGAUACCUGACGGAAAGACGGAGGCAGCAGCUCUCGAGGGAUCUGGGCUUGAACGAGGCGCAGAUCAAGAUCUGGUUCCAGAACAAGAGAGCGAAAAUCAAAAAGGCCAGCGGCCAGAAAAAUCCUCUCGCGCUCCAGCUGAUGGCACAGGGACUUUAUAAUCACUCGACGGUACCACUCACUAAAGAGGAGGAGGAACAAGCUGCGGAGCUCCAAGCGAAAUGACGUAUGCAGACUUAAACAGAAACGACAAAAUGUUAGUAUGUAACUUUGAGCCCUAAAUUUCGUAUCUGACCCCAAAGAUGCUAUAAGCGAAAAUCAAAUUAUCCUCUUUACUUCCUUUUAAUCCUUCGCGCGAGAAUUUUUGAGAAAAAAUGGAGAGAAGGAAAAAUAGGAUCUCUGGCAAAGUUAAAAUACACUUAGAUAGUUGGAAUAAAAAAUGUUUUCAAAUACGAAUUAAAAAUUAUUUGACAAUAUUAAAAUCUCGACCUGAUCUUUUCUUUAAUGAAUAAUUUUUGCAAAAGAGAAUGCGAAUACAUAAAAAGUAUUUUUGUUAAUUUUUUCAAUUAUGCAAGUUUUUGAAAGCAAGUCAUAAGUAACCAAAGCGGUGUAAAUUUUCGUGUUAUUUAAGAAAAAAAAGAAAAUAAAUAUGUCCUAUAUUAUACUUUGAAGAGUCAUAUUGGCCAAAAAGAUGGUAAGAAGGAAAGCUUUCUGAGCGGGCCCAAAGCCUAUGGUCUGCCAUUUUUCUUCCUUAAAAUGAAAGACUGGAGUAUUUAUUUCGUUAGAUGUACUAGAGUGGCAACUCGUUAGACAGCAAACGAAUCAACUCGAGGAAUUCUUGUUCUGUAAUUAGAGCUUCCGAUAAAGCAGCAUUUGGCGUAUGUCGCUCGCCUUCGUUCGACAAUUAAUCGAAAAAAAGUGAGAAAAAGUUAGUUACCGAGAUGGCUACGUAAAUAAGUUACGGUCGUUCGCCGUUUCUUGCCAUCGCUUUGAAAGGGGCGAGAAGAAAUAAUAUAAAAACUACGGCACACGUUCCUAGAUCGCAGCAUCCACUUGGUUGGAUCAGAUUUUGAUUUUCAGAAAAAUGAUACACGAUAUACCGCAAAUCCAACCAGAUUUUCCGGGAUAUUUUGUAUUGUCAUAAAAGUUUAUUUCCAACAAGAAUAUUCAUUCUUACUGCGUAAUCUUCGCGUACAAAAUUUGAUCCAGUUUAAAGUAAAAAUAAAAUGUGUUCGAUUAGCGUACUGCGAUGGCAUGCAGCGGUUAAUUUUUCACGAAGGAGAUUAACAAGUGCCAUUUUUUGUAAUUUUUCCGGCAAUAUUAUUUACACGAAACGUACGGAAUCGCCUCGCGACGAGAAAGAUUAGGAAUCGAGCGAGUAAAAAAGAAAGAGCGGGGAAAUAGAUUUUACAUUAAUUUAUUGUAAAAAUGUAAGAUAUUAUAUCUCGCGAAGAAAAACUGUGGAGUGAUUGCAAUGUGCAAUAGAAUAUUAUAUAUAUAGAAAGAGAAGCACACACACACACACACACACAAAUAGAGAUGAGCUAUGUAUAGGUGUGUUGUAUAUGUAAUCGACGGAGCGAUGUACAUAAUUUAUCACUUAGCGGCGGCGUGUCCCGAUAUAGACUGUUUAAAAAUAUAACUUAGUUAUUUAUUUACAUAUAUGUGUGAAUCGUAGCGAUCAUACGAACGAUCACGCGACAACUGAUACUUGUAAGAUUAUUUAAAUUCGAAUUAAAUAUUCCCAAUUAUCAAGCCAUCGAAUAUGAUUUAUUUU